ACAUUCCUUCAGUGGUAUUCGUUUCGUUCGUUUGCAUCGCAAAGUACGGUACUUCUCGGUCUUUUUGCACUGGGAAACCUCCCACAUCCGAAAAAAAGUGCCCACUUCGGUCGUCACGAGCGAGUAUCAUCGUUUGAGGCAGUCGUCAUCGAACGUUUUUGGGCAAAUUCUGAUCGAUAUUCCAUAUGCAGCUUAAGUGAUUUUGGAGUUUUGUUUUCUGCGCUGUGCGAACCAAUCGAAACGCAAUGCGAAACAUGAAAUUGGAGCAAUUCGAAUGAACAUGGUUGACGGAUAAUAAAUCGAUGUGCAAUCUUCAACCGAACGUAGUCAAAAAAUCAACAAAGAGGUGGCGUAACGCUAGAGACCCUAAUUCGAUCGCAUCCACGUCAUCGUCAGGCGGAAAACGAGGCGCCGCCGCUGUUGUGUGAAGAAUGAUAGCGGCCAACAAUGCUCGCAGCACCAAUAAUGAUCCGGUGGGAUCGUCGGAAUCCUCCCCAAUUACGGGAGCUCCCAAUGGGGGAUCCUCCCGGUUGAUGAGACAGUUUGGUAGUUUGUUCCAGCCGGCAGCGCAGCGCAGUGAUCCCGCCGGAUACGUAGAGUUUGGUAGCAUUUCCGAGGCGGAUGCCCAAUCCGGACGAACAUUGGGAACUUUUGCCGGUGUGUUUUGUCCUGUGGCGUUGUCGAUGUUUAGUGCGUUGGUGUUUAUUCGAGUUGGAUUCAUCGUUGGAAAUGCCGGUCUGUAUGUUACGCUAUUGCAGUUCGUGAUAGCUUAUGUAAUUUUGUUGUUUACCGUAUCAUCCGUCUGUGCUAUAUCUACGAAUGGGGCCGUGGAAGGCGGUGGAGUUUAUUUUAUGAUCAGUCGCACAUUGGGCCCAGAAUUUGGUGGUUCAAUUGGAACGUUAUUCUUCCUGGCCAAUAUAGUUGGAUGUGGAUUGGCGAUUACCGGAUGUGCUGAAGGUUUAAUCGAAGUUUUUGGCCGAACCGAUGGCGGUGAUGUUGGCUCAAUGCCGGAUGGUCAUUGGUGGCGUUUCCUGUACUGCAGCUCAAUCAACACAGUUAUGUUGAUAGUUGUGCUGAUUGGCGCCCAAAUGUUCGCCAAAACGUCGAUGAUGAUUCUGGGCGUAGUUGUCGUUUGCCUGCUGUCAACAUAUGUGAGCUUUUUAUCGAAGGGGCCGAUGGAAGUGGCCAUUCCGCUGCAGAACAGUUUGGUACAGAAUACGACCCAUAGGGCGAAUGGAAGUUACACCGGACUGAACUUGACAACAUUGGCGGAUAAUCUCUACAGCCACUAUGGACAGGAUUAUACGUCCGACGGGAAAGGAGUUAACUUUGCAGUUGUUUUCGGUGUGCUGUUUUCUGGUGUGACUGGGAUUAUGGCUGGUGCUAAUAUGUCCGGCGAACUCAAAAAUCCAUCUCGCAGCAUUCCUAGUGGGACACUUUCUGCUGUGCUUUUCACGUUCCUCUGUUACAUCGCCCUAUCCGUUUUAAUGGCCGCCACUACAUCUACAUUCCUAUUGCAAAACAACUUUAUAUUUUUGACACCGAUCAAUCUUUGGCCAACAUUUGUUUCGAUAGGGAUUCUUACGGCAACAUUCUCAACUGGUUUGAGUAAUUUAAUUGGGUCCAGUAGAGUACUUGAAGCACUAGCCAAAGAUAAAGUGUUUGGGUCUCUGUUGAAUUUCGUCGUUAGAGGAACAUUCAAAAACAAUCCGAUCGCAGCCGUCAUUGCCAGUUGGGUAUUGGUGGAGGCAAUCCUCUUAAUCGGAUCGUUGAAUACAAUUGCACAAAUCAAUUCCGUUCUCUUCAUGCUUUCCUACUUAGCCACAAACUUAGCUUGCCUAGGGAUUGAAAUAACUGGAGCGCCCAACUUCCGACCCACAUACAAAUAUUUUACUUGGCACACGGCCUUUAUCGGCAUGUUAGGAACCGGGGUCAUGAUGUUUGUAAUCAACCCCAUCUACGCAUCGUGCAGCGUUACACUUUGUUUGCUGCUCGUGUUUGCAUUGCAUUUCUUCUCCCCGGCAUCCCAAGGUGCACAGUGGGGAUCAAUUUCGCAAGCUCUCAUGUUUCAUCAGGUGCGGAAAUAUCUGCUGAUGUUGGAUUCCCGCAAAGAUCACGUUAAAUUCUGGCGUCCGCAAAUGCUUCUUCUUGUAUCCAGCCCACGAUCCUGUUGCCCACUGAUUCACUUCGUCAACGACAUGAAGAAAGGAGGAUUAUACGUGAUUGGUCACGUCAAAGUGGGAGAAUUCUCGGAAAGUGACUCCUCCAAUGAUCCAACCAUCGAUGAAUAUACUCAGUGGUUAUCGCUUAUCGAUCACAUGAAGGUUAAAGCAUUUGUGGAAUUAACUCUGUCGAAAAGAGUUCGCGAGGGCAUCCAACAUCUUAUUCGGAUUUCCGGCAUGGGUGCCAUGAAACCGAACACCAUCAUCCUUGGAUUCUACGAUGAGGAACAGUCGAAGGACUUCUUCGAACACGAAAACUCCCCUUACAAAACGGACGAAUUCGACGACAAUGGAGUCAAACUGUUCCCGUUCCGUCGCAGUGGAGAACAGAAGUCCCUGCUACCGACCGAUUACGUCCAAAUAAUCGACGAUGUGCUGCGGAUGAAGAAGAAUAUCUGCUUAUGCCGACACUUCCACCGGUUGGACAAGCAGAUGAUCGCCCGCAGUAACCACAUCCGCUACAUUGACGUUUGGCCGGUGAACAUGUUCGAGCCGAAAAACGAGGACCCCUUCGACGUUGUGUCGCAGUUUAUGAUGCAGCUGGCUUGUAUCAUCAACAUGCUGCCGGUGUGGAAGCGACUGGAAUUGCGUGUCUUUCUGUGCGAGUCGGAAACCCAACCGGAACCCAGUAGUUUCCAAAUGAACAGUGCACCGUUUGAGCGUUCGGCCGAACAUCGGUUGAGCUUACUGCUUAAGUCACUGAGGAUCUCCGCUUCAAUACAUCAGAUUCCGGAAUGGGGUAAGGAAAUGGAUAUACCUCGGCAUCGUAGCAUUCUGAAGCAGUUCACCAGUAAGAGCGACAGUAACCAAGUUAUGACCGAGGAGAACAUUAACCGUUCGAAACUUUAUAUGCAAAGGGUCAACCAAAUCAUUCGGGACAAAUCGAAUGCCACGGCCGUAACGUUCAUGUACCUGCCGGUGCCUCCCAAGCUGUCGACCAUCGACUACAAGGAAAAAUGUCACCACUAUCUGGAUCUCCUCACCGAGCUGACGUACGACCUACCACCGACGAUACUGGUCCACGGUAUCAACUCUGUGAUGUCCACCACGCUGUAAAGAAAGUAACAGCCUGGCACUAAUAAUAUGUAAAAGGGGUGCUCGAUGCGAGUGUUGAAGCAACUGCUAGUAACAGCUAAGUACAUAUAGUUUUCUUUUCCGUUCUGUUUUAGAUUGCACCUCCGAUAUAGUUUGGUUUAGAUCAAGUUCAUUUUGUUGGGCACUCACGCACAGCACAAAUAUCUAAACAUAAAGCAUAUUUGUUUGUGAUUCAUAUACGUGAUUGUUCUUAAUCGUGUUGUUUCUCCAGUGCAAAUGAUUAGACGAGACGCGAUCGAUGCACACAUCACGCCUAACGAGCUGUGUAAUUAUCUUCUUCCACUUUUAGAAACGAGAUUCCCCAUGAAUUGGGAGUCAUAUUGUAGGAUUAAUAUACUCUCUCCCCAUUAGCUAAUUAGAGGCGUAAGACUCAUCACGUAUUAGUGCAUUUUUAGUAUUUAUUACAUUUAUGGUUUAAAACUAAUAAGUGUCUGAUUGGUAUUAAUUCUGAUGUGCGCAAGAGUGGCGAUAAUCAAAAAUGCAUGUAAUAGACAUAAUAUCAGUAAACCGCAGUGUUUGGCACAUAUUAAUAGAUACAUAUUUAUGUAUAUCAUGAACUAGUUGUGAUGACUCGAAGGACUACUUUAUGUGGAACCUAACAACUAAACGUACUGGAUUAGAAAAUGAAACACUCCGAACGCAAGCGUAUAUAUAAUAUAUUUGAGAUGGUAUACUGAAGAAAUGAAUAUAAUAAAACUAUAUUACAAAUAGAUGGAUAAUAUAUUUUAACAGAAA